AUGUCGCCCGCGGUUGCAGCGAAGCCCGCCCCUGCAGAUCAAACGAAAGAAAAAACCAAAGCGAAGCAACGCUACUUGAAGCGCAAGAAGCAACGGCGAAAGGGCAAGGGGAAAUCGACAACCGGAGCGUCCUCGAGUAAAAAAGACGAGGACGGUGAAAGUCAAGACGAAGAGGAUGAGGAUGAGGAGGCAGGCGAAGCCGAUAUAAUGGAGGUGGAGGUUCCACAAGACUCUGUCCAAGAAGCUGCCGCUCCAACGAAAAUCAAAACCCCGAAGGAGAAACGACCCAAGAAACGACAAAAACUAGACACCGGCGAAGAGGACGCCGAGAAUGUGGAAAUGGAAGUCGUGGGAGAUCUUACCGCUGCUGUCGACGAGCUUGAGUUGGAACCGGCGCCUGCCCUGCUCUCCUUCCCGCUCCCCUCGCAUCCGAACGCCCCUUCCAAAUCCGAUCUCGCACUUCAAGGCCUCGACAAGGCACUCGUCGGCGCGGAGAUCGUGGACGCAGGGCGCGUUGUUGCCAUUCCACUCGACGAAGACGAUGAUGCAGGGACUGGGUUAAGAGAGAAGACCAGGAAAAGAUUAGCAGAGCUUGGAAUCACAGAGCUGUUCGCAGUCCAAACAAGUUUGCUACCGUUUCUGUUACCUCCGGACUUGCGACAGCGGUCCUUGUACCUUCCUUUCGAUCCGCCUCGGGACGUUUGCGUAUCGGCACCGACAGGAAGUGGAAAGACCCUUGCAUACGUCCUGCCUAUUCUUGAGGUAAUCGACGAAGCGGACAGGCUGCUCGCGCAGUCCUUCCAGGACUGGUUAGCCCAGGUGCUCUCGGCCACCCGUCCACCGUCUGUUCCCAAGACUCUUGCGGAUCGAACGCCUCGGCAUCCCGAUGCUGUUUCACCCGCAUUCAGAUCGCUCCUUUCUUAUGCACUUCCGCCGUGGAAUCUCGAACGGAAAGAGUCGUCGUGCCAGAAACUGCUGUUUUCGGCGACGCUGACGAGCGACCCCGGCAAGCUUGCAGCACUGAAUCUCCGUGAUCCCAAGUACUUUGUGGUGCAAGAGAAGAAGGAGGAACUGGACGUAGUCAUGGACAAGUUCUCCUUCCCUGCUACUCUGACGGAAAACAUGCUCGUCUGUGAACCUUCCAUCAAGCCCCUUGUCUUCUUCCACUUGGUGUUCAAGCACGGCGUGAGCAAUGCCGUUGUCUUCGCCAAGUCUGCAGAAUCGACUGCCCGGCUCGUCAAGUUAUUCGACUUCUUCGAUGCAGCGCGCCGAUCGUCAGUAGGUCACGAGUCUGCCCCCCUUGUGGUACGAGCGUAUUCCAGCGACUUGGGAGCGGGUGAGCGCAAAACCAUCCUCGACAAGUUCAAGGCGAAGGAGAUCGACAUCUUGGUCUGCUCCGAUUUGAUUUCGCGCGGAAUCGAUAUCAGCCACGUCUCGCAUGUCGUGAGCUACGAUGUGCCAGUUGACAUCCGCAAAUAUGUGCACCGGGUGGGACGGACAGCACGUGCAGGUCGAGAGGGUGUUGCCUGGACUCUGGUGGAGGAGCAGGAGGCGCGCUUUUUCAAAAACAUGUUGCGGGAGGCAGAUCAUCUGGACCGCGUCAAACGCGUCAGGGUUGGCGAAACCGAUCUUGCCCCGCUUUCCGUCUUCUACGAGGUCCGGCUCUUCUCUUGCGGUCACAACACCGAACUGAACUUGACCCAGGGUGCGCUGCUCAAGCUGAAAGAGUCGUAUUCCAGAUAG